AUGAGCAAUUGGUAUAUUGAGUUUGUUAGAACUAAUCCUAAUGCUCAACCUCCUCCGCGCCCUCCUAUUCCUCAAGCUGUUCCCAUAGCUCCUCAACAAACUGAAGUGUUAAGAUUGUCAAAGCCUCCAGUGGACAAAAUUCGAAAGUAUGGAGCCGAAGAGUUCCGAGCUAAUGUAAACGAUGAUCCUGAAAGAGCAGAGUUCUGGCUUAAUAAUACCAUCAGAGUGUUGGAUGAAUUAUCUUGUACUCCAGAAGAAAGUCUCAAAUGUGCUAAAUCAUUGUUGAGGGGUUCAGCUCAUAAUUGGUGGAAAACUUUAGUGUCAGUGGUGCCUAAAGAGAAAAUUACAUGGGAUUUCUUUCAAGAAGAAUUUCGAAAGAAGUAUGUAAGUCAGCGUUUCGUUGAUCAAAAGAGAAAAGAGUUUCUUGAAUUGAAACAAGGGCGCAUGAUGGUAGCCGAAUAUGAACGAGAAUUUGUCAAAUUAAGCAAGUAUGCCCAAGAGUGUGUAUCUAAUGAAGCUACAUUAUGCAAAAGGUUUGAAGAUGGAUUAAACGAGGAUAUCCGAUUGUUAGUGGGAAUCCUUGAAAUUAAAGAGUUAGUGAUACUAGUUGAAAGAGCUAUCAAGGUUGAAGAAUUGAGCAAAGAGAAAAAAAAAGUGGAAAGUGAAGCAAGAGAUGCAAGAAAAAGAUGA